AACGGUUUUGGACAUGGUGCAAAGUUGGUUUUGUUCUAUUCGAUGAACGAUAAAUUGGCAAUUAUGCUCGCUUAAAACAUUCUUUAUUUAGUCCGAUUUUUUGACCCCGAUCGAUGCCGAUUAUCUGAAGAGCUUUAAGCAGAACCUUCUAGAUAAGUACAGUGCUGAAGAGCUUAAGGAGUACUACGUUAAUGAGCCGUGGAAGUAUCGCAAACGCCAACGAGCACGCCUUGCUUCCGGUGAUACAGCUAGUAUACGCACAAGAAGAAAGUCUAGCAUUGACGGUCCUUACGCUGAAAAGAAGCAAGAGCAGAGGAGAGAAAAAGAGGAGAAGAGGGCCUCACUAACAUCUGCAUCGCGCCUUCCUCGCGUACCUGACACUAAAUUAGCUCCGCUUAUCAGCGAUGUUGUUUCUGCGGCUAAUCGAGAAUCCUUGCGAAAGGAAGAUUUUACGACACCACCAUCUCGUCGACUAUCGUUACGUAUGCAUUCUCGAGAUGAUGGUGAAGAGGAAAGAAAAAUCUCCAUUAAAAGUGAGCCAUCCGAUUUAUGCAUACAUGAAACUAGCGAUGGAAUGUCCGUCGAUGUAGCACACCAUUCCAAUGGUUUCUCAUCGCGAUCUCCAAUGAGUUCUCGAUUGUGCUCGCCAAGGAUCAAGAAGGAGUCGAAAGAAGAGGACUGGGACCUACCUGGGCCCAGUAGUUCCCACUGCAAUCUCUCUAAUGGAAGAUGCAAUGGAGAAGUAAAGAGCAGGUUGAGGCGCAAUGGAGAGUCAAAACGUGAGAAUGGCGUUCAUCCCAGUUUAUCCUCCAAGAUUCUCUCUCCUUCGUCGUCUGCCAUAUCCAGUGUUUCCGAAGAAAGUGAAAUUGAACGGCACUAUCGAGAAAUUGGUAGCCGUAUUGUCAAAAUGCUUGUGGAAAGAGGUUUAAUCCCUUCUUCAACUGAACACGUGUAUCGUGAAAUUGCGACGAGCUCUGUUGAACAUGAUCUGGUUGUUAGUCAUGAAGGAAAGGAAGACGAUGAUGAGUCAGAUUUGGAUGAAGUAUCGGAGGAGCUUCUCCGAUGCCAAAUGGAGUUGCAAGAGUUGGAGCCACGUUUGCGAGGCGUUAUAUCCCAUUGUUGGAGCAAGGUUCGUGGAGACUUCGCUUAUUGGGAGACAGCCAAGCAACUGGAUGACGCCGAUACUGACUUGUUCCGACUUGGAGUCAACAUGUACCGUGAUCUUCCAGUCCGCCGUGUACCGACGAGUACUGAGCUGCCUACGUUACGUACAGCUUUACGGAGGCGUAAUCAUAAGGCACGGCAGCAUUAUGGCUGCAUGUAUAAAAGGUUACGAAAAUAUCGCAAAAAUACCACUAGUAAGUAG